AUGGUUACAGGUGAAUAUGAAUUAACUGAAUUAGUGGGAAUUAGUGGGACACAUUUGGAGGUCAAAGAUACAAAAGGUCAUAUAUUGUACAACAAAGAGAACGCUAUAAAAGGAAAAUUUGCAUUUACAACUGAAGAAUAUGACAUAUUUGAAGUGUGUUUUGAAACAAAAAUGCCUGAUAGUCAAAAACAUCAUUUAUCCGCAGAACAUACAACAAAAGAAGUAACAUUGAGGAUGAAACAUGGUAUUGAAACAAAAGACUAUGAUGCGUUAGCCAAAGCCAACAAAUUAAAACCAUUAGAAGUGGAAUUAAGUCGAUUAGAAGAUUUAUCAUCGGCUAUAGUUAGUGAUUUUGCCUAUAUGAAACUCCGUGAAGAAGAAAUGCGUAAUACAAAUGAAUCAACAAACAAUAAAGUUUUAUAUUUCAGUAUAUUUUCAAUGUGUUGUCUAAUGAGUCUUGCUGUAUGGCAAGUACUCUAUUUAAGAAGAUAUUUUAAAGCAAAAAAAUUAAUUGAUUAA